AUGGAUGAAUCAACUUCAGAUAUUUAUCAAUAUUAUGAACAAGCGACUACAAUCGAAGAUAAAGAAAUCAGUUCAACAGGAAGGACAAAUACAUUUUACAAAUGCGAAUUAACAAUUAAAGGCCGAACAAAAUUUUCAAAUAACUUUGCUUUUGGUGCAGGAGUUACAUCCAGCUCUGGUGGCGCCAUAUUUCUAUGCGAAAGUAUAUUCCAAGCGCAUUCAGAUUCACCUGAUUACCACAUAAUCUUUGAAUCCAAUCAAGCUGCUUUAGGUGGAGCCAUUUGCGCCAAGGCAUCAGCUUUGCUACUUUACAACACCACAUUUACAUCAAACAUGGCGUACAAGCACGGUGGCGCCAUUUAUUUCCAGUCAACAUUCAAACCAACAGAAAGCAGCUAUCUUUCUCCACAAAUGACACUUAUUGCUGGCUGGCUUGAGUUCAGACAAAACAUUGCCUCAGAAGUUGGCGGUGCCAUAGCUAUUUCUUACGCAGUUGAAGUUUACAUUGAACUUUCCAAGUUCUACAGUAACAAAUGCUCCUUCACGGGUGGUGCCAUCUCCACAGCAAACUGCGAUUCCCUCAAACUCCACAGGAACUGGUUCGCCUACAAUACAGUUAAUGCCUCAACUACAGAGUACCGUUUGACUACAGAUACUAAGACCAAAUUACGCGGCGAGACUAUUGGUGACGAUUAUGCCAAUACAGUUAUCCCUAAUCAUCAAUAUGGAAGAGGUGGCGGUGCAAUUUACUUUUUCUCUGACUCCAGGAAGGGUUCAUUGCCAAAAGGACCAAAGACUUACGAGCAGCGUAUCAUCCAAUCCUACCACUGCUGUUUCUACAAAGAUUCAGCAACAACAACCGGAUCAUCUUUGGGAGGAGGCGCUGGUAACGAAGUUCUUCUUGAUGGCUACAUAGAAUACGUCACAUACGAUGACUACAUGUACGGAGCAGUCCCAGAAGUCGAGAGAGAUGAAGCAAUUUCAAAAGUUAAUCGUCCUUUGAAUGGAAACUGUUCCGUCAACUACUUACAGAUGAGAAACACUACAUUAGAGCCAUGGGGUAUUUGCGAAGUAAUUACAACCGAUUUACCAGGAAUUGGAGAUGCUCCUAAUAUUUACAACGAAACGAACAUUUCAUACAUCAAUGCAACUGAAACAGAAAAUGGAACUGCAUAUGAUAUUCCAAAUCCAACCAAUUUCGUUUACUAUGCCACUCCAAUUACAAAAUUCAACACUCCAAUCACACAGAGACAGUACAGAUCAGCUGCAACAGUUAUUGGUGCUUCGUUGAAGUCAGGAAAGAUAUUCCCAGGCUCUUAUUCCGUUCCUUUACUUUAUCCUAAUUUCACCAUCACAAUUCCUAAGCCAACACCUCACGAAACAGUUGCAACGACACCACAUAAUACUCCUAAGUACACACCUUCACCAUCUGACCUCAUUAUCAUUGUCACAGUCGGACCAACACUUAAUCCAAACAUUCCAGAAGUCCAAGCCAAUACAGACACCACCCAUAACAAGAAGACCAAAUUACUUGGACUUAUCCUUGGUAUUGUUGGUGGAUUACUCGCUCUCAUCGCUCUUUCAAUCUUCCUAUUCUUGUACUUCAGAGAGAAGGAUGAAUCAACAGAGGAUUCGGCCUUGUCACUCCAGGAAGAAACAGUUCUCACCGCUAAGGAUCUUUCGUCUGCUGAUGUCACGAUUACUUAUACUAACCCAUUAUGGACAACAGGUAUCACUGAAACUGAUGAUCCAUUCGUCGAUGAUUUCCAGGAACAAGAGAAAAUCGAAAACUUCUUCGAGCAGAAAGAUCUCAGAUAA